AUGGUGACUUUUUCAAUUGAAUUGAAAGAUCUUGAAUUAGUCCAAGAGUAUUUUGUUUUUGAACCAAAUCGUAUGCCAAUGAGAUGGAUACAUAAUAAUAAUUGGUCAGGAGGUUAUCUGAAUGAGCAACAUAUGCCAUUCGUACCACUACCACCAUCAUUGACGACGGGUUCUUCUAAUUCAAUUGAAGAGAACAAAGUACAAUUCCAAGGUCAUUCAGAAAUCCCUCGUUUGUUAAGUGGAAAUGAAAAUGAACAAGGGAAUGAUAUCAAAGAUACACGUAAGAUUAAUACUAAUUUUCAAGGUUUUAAAAUUCUUACUUAUCUAAAAAACGAGUAG